AGCCAAGCUCUCAAAUAUACUAUAUCAUCUGUAUAUUCACUGACUGUACAACAGUUGAAGAUGUUUGGAAACUAUCUUUAUAUUUUUAAAUGCUGUAGGUGACAUCUACUAAAUUAUCUUUGUAGAACUAAACUAUUAACAGAUUACGUCUGGUAUGUAACAAAGAAGCCGCAUGAUUCUGUUCAAAAUAGUUUCUCCGAGUUACUCAAAGGAAAAAGCACUUUACUGUUUUGUUUUACGGUCCUGCACAUGCAGCAGUUAAAAAUCCAAUUAAAAUUUUUUGUUCUUUUAUCAUAAUGUGAUGCUUUAGAAUAUGACUUCAUGUGGCAUGUUACAGAACAAGUGAUCAACAGUAAGUAUUCAGUGUCCUUGAGUCAUUUAAAAUAAGGUCUUUUCCCAGGGAAUGCCUUCUCCCUUCUGUACUUACAGAUAUCUGAUGUUGGCUCUGACAUCAUCAUUGCAACACACCCUGACAGGCGUAAUUAAUUUCUGCAGAUACAUAUAUUACUGCAUAACCUGGACUCUUGCUGUGUUCAGCCAAUGGGCACACUGAUUGCAGAGGACUUCACUAUUCAUUAGAUUAAAAAAAUACGUGCUGAAGCUCUGGAGCUCCACUUACAGCUCUAGGCUGCAGCACCAGCCUGCACUCAGGCUGCCCUCCCAGUUGUAAACCACAUCUUCCUAGUAGUUUUGCUUAUGUCUCCUCCCUGUCUGCUUGUUCCUUCUCUUCAACUUCUGGUUCCUCAUUGCAUUUGCCAACAGAAGUACAUGAUUGGGAAAAAGCUGGGUAAAAAAGCAGCACGCAAACCCAGAAGAAAUUUCAUUGUUCUUCAUCUGCCUUUAUGCAGGAAAAUGUUAGAUGUCAUCUAAGCCACAGAUGGGCAACUCUUCCUCUUUUCUGUUCUGCUAUACUUGAAUUGUUGGGUUCCUGGUGCCAUGUACCAAUGCAUCCAAUAGAUAACAGAGGUUAUUAUCCCCGAACUCGUUUGCUAGUGCUGUUAUCAUCACGUUAAUAUAUACCAUUCUGCUGACAGAACCUAGAUAUACCAGUAUUUUCUUAUCACGUUAAGAGACAUUCAAUUGUCUACAUUGAAUUUAAAGCAUGAAUACAGAUGUAAAUAAACACUUACCUUCGUCCACAGAGAAAUGACAGCUCUUGUCAUUGUAGUAAAGAAGUUGCCUCUUAUCAGGGCGGGUAACAAAGAGAAUUUGGUCCCCUAAAGCCUUGAAAAGAAAUGCAAAAGAAGAAUCUCAAAUCAGUUCUACUCUCAGAAUAACAGACCCAGAUCCUGUUCCACAAAGAGAUCAAUGAAUCGGAGAGCAGCGAAGUAACAAGCAACAAAAAGAAGCAUCGAAAGUGGACACCAUCAAUAAAUGCACUAAUAAAACGAAGAAGAGAGACCGAGGGCCAAGAUCAAGCCCCCAGAUCUGUGACAGGAAAUACACUAAGACAACUCUUCAAGGAUGGCAACUCUCAACGCCACUCACUGGAACGAGACAACAUCUAUUUACCAGUACUUGGGCUUUCAAGUGCAAAAAAUCUACCCUUUUCACGAUAACUGGAGCACUGCCUGCUUUGUUAUUCUGAUCAUAUUCAUCUUUACUGUAGUUUCUCUGGUGGUGCUGGCUUUCCUCUAUGAAAUGCUAGACUGCUGCUGCUGUGUGAAAAAUAAAACUGUGAAAGACCUGGAGAAUGAACCCAACCCUGUUAGAGCAAUGCUGAACAGCUUCAGAAAGCGUGAAACUGAGGUGGUUUAAGAAAGGCUGAUCAUCAGCACGUGGAGACCAUGCAACACCUUGAACAAACCACUUGUACUUUAUGGACGAAUGAGUUACAUGCUUUUUUGGGGGGUUUUUUUUUGGCUUUUUUUUUUUGGACUAAAAUAGAAUGAUAACUGCUACAACUACAUCUCCAGCUGUGAACUUAAACAGUUAGCAAAGGCUUUCUGGGCACUUAGCUGAAGGAUGAUCUGUUCCGUUGUUAUGGGGGAAGAAAAGUUGUUUGUUUUUAAAUCAUUUUUUGUUGUUCAUAUUGAGUUACUAGAGUAGAUGUUUGACUAUCUGAACAAAUGGUGUUGCUGAACGUGAACAAAACUAUGUUGCUUAGCCAGAGAAAACACUUAGAAAGAUGCUCAACAAUCCAAUUCUACAUAGCACAAUGAUAGAGCACACUUCUCUCACUGUGGUGAAUCACACAGGGACAAGACAGACAUAAAGGAUUAAGGAAAAACAGAUGAAAGACAAGGAUUUAAAGGCAAGAGAUGCCAUGUGAGCCUUGUGUGAAUUUUUGCCUUCAGCAGUUGUUCUUACUACGGGUUCACCACUUAAAGAAAAUAGGUGGUGGGAGGGAAGCAAGCCAGGAUGAAAUCCAUCCUUAAAAUAGCCUUUUCUAACCUCCUACAAUAUAAUUUGACCUCUUCUUCCUCCUUUCUCCCAUUCCAGAGAACCACAUUCCCCUUACUUCAUUUUCAACCUGUUUAAUGUCUUUUGAGUUGAGACAUGACUACUGCACUACCUUAAGACUAUCUGACUGCUUCCACAAAAGCACACUGAAGUGGGAUCAUGGUCUAGAAGAAGCAGGGUCAUCUUUCUGUCCCAAGGCUGCUGCCUCUGUGCCAACUAUGACACUACAGGGAAUUCAACAUAUUGAUGAUCUUAUUCCUAUCUCAACUUCUCAAAGCUGAACUACAGCUGACAGAGUUCUUGCCAAAACACAAGCUGACAGACUGCAAUCUUCCCAGAGCAGUGACAAUAAUUUCUCCCAGCCAGCACAGUUUCCAGGUGUUGAUAUGCUUCACAAAGGAGGCCACAUCAUGAUAAGCCUAGCGUAAGAGAGAGUGGAAUGGAUGCACAGCAAGACGCGACUUUGUUUUGCACAACUGAACUUCAGCUCACUUCAUCAACCUGCAGAUACAUUCCAGAAUUCCCCCUCUCAGCACUCUCACAAGCUGAACACAUAAAACUUGGACUAUCAGCUUUUACCUGUAACUUACCACAUCAUUCCUCUGUAUUGUGUUGUAUCUAUAGGUUUUCAAACAGUGAAGUUUUGUUUUUACAAAUUACAGCUGUAAUAGCAACAAUCAACAGCACAGCCUUCAGUACAGCCUGUUAAGUCUCUGUCUUGCUGCUGGACACAGAGAGGAACAGGCAAGCAGGAAACAUCCCAACCAGACUGAAGCUACAUGUGGGACAAGGUGGUUAAUUACAUAAAUAAUGCUCUUCACAUUAGAGAAGCAAAACCUACAAGCGAGUAAGCUCCUGCUGCCUUAUCCCCAUCAGAAAUACCUCAGUGCCACAGACACUACCUUUCAUCUUUUUUUCCUUUUAACUACACCAACUCCCACUCUCAGGGUUAACAUGCCUAAGCUCCAAAAGGUUUGGACACACACAUACACCAAAAGGCUCACCAAUUCAACUCAUGGUCUUCCUGGUCAGUAAGACGGAAUAAGACCCAGGCCACCACUACCCAAAAAAUUCCAAUGGUUCAUCCAGAAAAGCCAUCUACUUCCUUCAUUCACAAACCAACACAUUUACCACUGCAAACUUUCAUCUUCUACACAGUUACUACUGUUAAA